AUGCCUAUCUUUGACGAUGAAAGGCAUGUUCAUUUUUUACCUCCAAAAGUAGCAUCUCUUGCUGCACGCCUGGUCGAGCCUAACAACGAUCCGAAGAAGUUCGAGGACGAGGAAGAUGAUGAUGCUAUCUUCGCAGAACUGGAGGCUGAAAUAGAAAAUGAUGAUAGUGCAACACUGAGAGAGCAGGGACUUGAUCGACUGAAGCAAGAGAUGGCGAAAGUGAAAGAAAUGCAGGAUAAUGCACAUGGGAGAUAUAUGGAGAUCACUAAUGAAAAGGAGGUCGUCCGGAUAAGUGCGAACGAGCCACGCUGUAUAGUUCACUUUUACCACACCAAUUUCCGCAGAUGUGAAAUUAUGGACAAACAUCUUGCUAAACUUGCGCCGAAAUACUUCUCCACACGUUUCAUACGGGUCUUCGUAGAAAACAUACCGUGGCUAGUUGAGAAACUUGUCAUCAAAGUUUUACCUUGUGUUGUUUGCUUUGUCGAUGGCGUGUCAAAAGAUCGUUUGAUUGGCUUCGAAGAACUAGGGAACAAUGAUGCUUUUGACACUGCUGUUCUCGAGCUAAGAUUGACUCAAUCUGGCGUAAUACAGAAGGGAGGCAAUAAAUUUGGGCCAGUGACUUAUAACAUAUCUUCAUCUUCAUCGUUAUCCAUGCCCAGGCGAACUUUACGUGGCAGUGGUGCGCAGGACGACGAAGAAUUUGAUUUGGAUGAUUGA